CUGGGCAGUCUGAAAAAAAAGUUCAGUACAGUGGGCCACGGAAAAUCCAACUGGGUGCUUGGGCGUCGGCUCAGCGAAUCAGAGUGCGGCGCCUGGGGGGAGGUUUUUCCGGCCUAGGCGGUAACACGCGGCACAACCCAGCAGCGGCUGCAGAGCUCCCGGAGUCCGUUGACGCGCAUCGCUACAGCCUAACUGGAGCUUGCUUGGUUGCUGGACCUUCAAGCAGGCUCACCACAGACCACGACGACCAUCAAGCCGACACAAACAACAACAACUCCUCCUCCACAACACCAAACGUCACCACAACCUGCACAAUCGCCAAGAUGGAGGUAUUGCUGGGAAUCACCGGCAAGGAUUUCACCAUCAUUGCAGCUUCCAAGGCUGCGAUGCGAGGCGCCACGGUCCUCAAAACGUCCGAUGACAAGACGAGAGCACUCAACAAACACACGUUGAUGGCGUUCUCCGGAGAGGCGGGCGACACAGUGCAAUUCGCCGAGUACAUCCAACGAAAUGCCCAACUCUAUUCGAUGCGCAACGAGUCUGACCUGUCGCCCUCUGCCUUGGCCAACUUCGUCCGCGGAGAGCUUGCCACGAGCUUGCGAUCCCGCAAGCCCUACAAUGUCAACCUCCUGAUGGGCGGUGUUGACCCCAUCACUGGCAAGCCUUCGCUGUACUGGUUGGACUACCUAGCGUCGCUCGCCGAUGUUCCCUAUGCUGCGCAUGGAUACGCACAAUACUACUGCCUGUCGAUUCUGGACAAGCACCAUCACCCCGAUAUCACGCUCGGACAGGGUAUCAAGCUCCUGACGAUGUGCACGGAUGAGCUGAAGAGACGGUUACCGAUUGACUUCAAGGGCAUGGUGGUCAAGGCGGUCAAGGCCGACGGCAUCGUCGACAUAGAAUUCGAUGAUGACAAGGUGGUGAAGAGUGCUUAAAGCAUGAACAACAGAUAGAGGCGACAUGACUUUGUACUACUAGAUGAGCUGGGGGCUAAUGUUCGCAAUAAAGUCGAUAUCCUCCAGGGCGGUCAAAUAAGCACUCACGUGAUCAGCUGAACUGUCCUUUGCCUAUCAGAAAGGAUGUUGAGACUUAGAAGGGACUUUAACCACUCGGGUUUCGUUUCCGUGCUUUUGUUCCUGCAGGGCGGCUGCCCCGGGCAUGCUGUCUGAGACCUCGC